ACAUCUCAUCUUCCAUACAAUAUUGAAACCAUCAUUAUGAGGGAAACUUUCUGUGCUAUGCUUGUUCUAGUUGCUGUAUUGUUCUUUGAAGCUGCAGAGUUUUGUUCCGGUCGAAACACAAGCUUUAGCUGUAUAGAAAAGGAGAGAGAAGCCCUUUUAAAGUUCAAACUUUGUUUCCAUGAUCCAUCACAUAUGUUGUCUUCUUGGAAAGGAAAUGACUGCUGUGAAUGGAGAGGUGUAGAUUGUGACAAAAAUAGUGGAUAUGUUACCUCUCUUCAACUCAGGGGAUCAAUAUCUUAUCAACUUGAUUGGUAUAAACAACCUCAAUUGUGCUUGAUGGACGAUAUAGAGCAGGUUGUUUCAAGUUUGCUCAAGCUAAGCUACUUGGAACACCUGGACUUGAGCAACAAUAAUUUCAGUGGUAAUCUUAUUCCACCCUCCUUUGGCUUGAUGAAGCAGCUGAGGUACCUAAAUCUCUCUAAUGUGCAAUUCAGCGGAAGAAUUCCUAGUGAACUUGGAAAUCUUACAAGGCUUCGUGUUCUUGAUCUUUCUCAGUAUUAUUAUGGGAGAUUGAAGGUUAAUGAUGACAUUCAGUGGAUUUCUCAUCUCUCCUCUUUGCAACGACUUGAUAUGAGUGGAGUAACUCUAAGCCAUGCAUCAUCAAACUUGUUUCAGGUACUUGGCAUGCUUUCUUCAUUAUCAUGGUUGAGUCUGUCAGACUGUAGUAUAAAAAAUUCUCACCUACCAUCUCACAACCAUCUUCUUAAUUUUACAUGGCUUGGAAAUAUUCAACACUUUGAUAUUUCAGAAAACUCUUUUCAUGGUCCCAUACCUACUUUUCUCCAAAACAUGACUUCAUUGACAUUUCUUGAUAUGAGUGGAGUAAAUCUAAGCCUUACAUCAUCAAACUUGUUUCAAGUACUUGGUAUGCUUCCUUCACUAUCAUGGUUAAGUCUGUCAAGCUGUAGUCUCAAAAAUUGUCACUUGCCAUCUCCCAACCAUCCUUUUAAUUUUACGUUGCUUGGCAAUAUUCAACACUUAGAUCUUUCAAAUAACUUUUUCCAAGGUCCAAUACCUGUAUUUCUCCAAAACAUGAGUUCCUUGAUAUUUCUUUAUCUUUCUAACAAUCAAUUGAAUGGGAGCAUUCCAAAUAGCAUGGGGCAAAUGUCUAAGUUAGAAAGUAUAUAUCUUUUUGAGAAUCAAUUGAGUGGGAGUAUUCCAGAUAGUAUCGGGCAACUCUCUAAGUUAGAGAGCAUAGAUCUUUCUAUCAAUCAAUUGAGUGGGAGUAUUCCAAAUAGCAUCUGGCAACUCUCUAAGUUAGAGAGCAUAAAUCUUUUUGAUAAUCAAUUGAGUGGGAGUAUUCCAGAUAGCAUCAAGCAACUCUCUAAGUUAGAAAGCAUAGAUCUUUCUAUCAAUCAAUUGAGUGGGAGUAUUCCAGAUAACAUCAGGCAACUCUCUAAGUUAGAGAGCAUAGAUCUUUCUGAGAAUCAAUUGAGUGGGAGUAUUCCAGAUAGCAUCGGGCUACUUUCUAAGUUAAAGAGCAUAGAUCUUUCUGAGAAUCAAUUGAGUGGAAGUAUUCCAGAUAGCAUCGGGCUACUUUCUAAGUUAGAGGGCAUAUAUCUUUAUCACAAUCAAUUGAGUGGGAGUAUUACAGAUAGCAUCGGGCUACUUUCUAAGUUAGAGAGUAUAGAUCUUUCUAGCAAUCAAUUGAAUGGGAGUAUUCUAGAUAGCAUCAAUCAACUUUCUAAGUUAGAGAAUAUAGAUCUAUCUAGUAAUCAAUUGAGUGGGAGUAUUCCAGAUCUUGCUGAGAAUAAUCUGAUAGGAAGGAUUCCUCCUUGUUUUGGAAAGUUUCCGAUUAUGGUGAAUGCAACACAAUUGAGCCAUGACAUGGGUAAUGAAUAUUGGGAUCAAGACCCUUCAGUGAAUAUUUUGCUUGUUAGAUAUUUUGAGCAUUGGGAUUUGGAACCUUUGAUGGAGGUUGUAAAAGGGAGAUACCUUGAGUAUAUGAGAAUAACUCUAAGACUUGAGAUUAGUAUAGAUCUUUCGAGUAACAAUCUAAUAGGAUCCAUACCAAAAGAGCUAAUUUUCCUUAAAGAUUUGCACAAUUUGAAUCUAUCUUGGAAUUAUCUCUCAGGAAAUAUCCCUGAAAAAAUUGGACAAAUGGAGAAUUUAGAAUCUCUUGAUUUCUCCAAGAAUGACCUCUCAGGAAUGAUCCCAAACAGUAUGUCAAGUUUAACCAAGUUAAGCUACCUUAACUUGUCUUACAACAACUUGUCAGGGCCAAUUCCAACAGGCUAUCAACUCCAAACACUCGAAGAUCCAACCAUGUAUGUUGGAAAUCCUCAACUUUGUGGAGUUCCACUCUUGAAGAAAUGCUCAAAUGAUACAUUGCCCCCAACAAUCGCCAACUUCAAGGGCAAUAGUGAAGGUGCACUUAAGAGAAUGUGGUUUUACAUUGUCGUGAUGUUAGGUUUUGCAACUGGAUUCUGGGGAGUCGUGGGAACUUUGUUUUUCAUGAAAAAUUGGAGAUAUGCUUAUUUCCAAUGGAUGGAUGAUGUCCAACACUGGAUAUUUGUGGUUAUAACAUUGAAGGUGGCACAAUUCAAGAAGAUGUUCAAUAGUGACCAAGAUGAUCAAUAAGUUAUAUAUGGAGUAUGUUGUUGUUGCUACAUUAAUUAUUAAGUUAGUUGGACAACACCAUAUUACAGGUAAUAGUGUCGAGUCCAACUUUGAAUGGCCCAACAUUGAAUCGGCCAAUUUUAAAUGAACACAUUAGUAUUAGAGUUUGUAAAAUUUUCAAUAAUAUAACAUAGGUUGUAGUUCUAUAGGUUUCCCAAAAAUAAAAAUUCAUAAAUUCU